UUGCAGUAUUUUGAUAUUCGGAAUAAGAAGGGUACCGAUCUCUAUCUGGGAGUGGACGCAUUGGGCCUGAACAUCUACGAAAAAUCGGACAAACUGUCGCCGAAGGUCGGAUUUCCAUGGUCUGAAAUACGCAAUAUAUCGUUCAACGACAAGAAGUUUGUGAUCAAGCCGAUCGAUAAGAAAGCGAAUGACUUUGUCUUCUAUGCCCCAAGACUUCGCAUCAACAAACGCAUCCUAGCUCUGUGUAUGGGUAAUCACGAGCUGUACAUGCGCCGUCGCAAGCCAGACACUAUCGAGAUAGCUCGUUAUCGCUAUGGCGACAAAUAUUUACGACCCGUUGUGACAUAUGUUGAAGCUGUCGCAAUAGCGCUAAUCAGUCGAAGAGCGUUCGAAAGCGUAAGCAAGUGUCCUGCUGGCACAAGAUUAUUGUAA